UCUCCAAUGACGACCUCAUGCAUUAUUUUUGUACUACAUCAACACAAUGCAGUAAUUCGGCUUCCCUUCCCUUUGCAUCUGCAAUACCACAGCUCGCCUACUGCACAUCAACAAGAUGGGUGCCGCUCGCGAUCUAUGGGUUCGCUGGAAGAUGCUCAGGCUUCCAUGGCGAAAGAAGUUCCUAGUUGGUCAAGAUCUGUCCGGGAACACAUUCUGGGAGUUCAAAGAUGUCCUCAACACGGGUCGAUGGCGUCGAAUAGUCCAAGCCGACCGCCACACACACUAUUCCGACGUCAAGAUCUCACCUCAGUGGCAUCAAUGGCUGCGUCAAACCCGCGUCGACCCACCAUCCGUCCAAGAACAAGUGGCCGACAUUCAGAGAAUGGCAACUCUGAAACAAAAUGCCAGGCUGGCAGAUGAAAGAUGGGCUGCGAAGGCGAAGUACAUUGAGAAACCGAAGCCUGCCGUGACACCUCAGCUGUCUGGUGAUCCUCAGGUGGACAGAGUGCAGGCCGAAAGCAUGCCUGGCCAACCGCCACGGGAACAAAAAACCCAGAGUGCCGUUGAAACGCCAAAGGCACCGCCGCAUGAUCCAUGGAAAGAGGCCGACGAGACGGCACCAAACCCAGGAGCGAAAUGGUCUCCAGAGUCCUGGGUCCCUCCUUCUACCAAGCGCUGAAGCCGUGAAAGCUGCUCAUAUAUCCUCGGAAGACAUUUGAUGGACAGAGAACGCAAACUUGCAUCACGUCAAUGCAUCCCCUCGGUGGCUUCUUUGAUUGAGGCGGUAUCGGCUAUUGUGGUCGUUGUGCAACCAGGAUAUGUCGUCGAUCUCCUGGUCAUCAGCGCUACCUCUUUUGUGAUGCAUCUUUGCCCUGAGCGACGCUGAACGAUCGAUGGACGCAUCAGUCGAUACCUAAUUGCUCCCUGGUGUACGCUGCGUGACCCCGCCGUCACUGCCCCUCCCAAGGCUCGGAUUUUCAGGGGUCCGCCAAAGCGCA